AUGCAAGACCAGUCGACGGCAUGUAUUGCGCCAUCAAGCUUCCACAACCAAAUUUUCUUAGUGGUCUCUUGCUUGGCCGCAGUACAGUCGGCGCCCAAACAGAAGAGGCUCACAGUCGCUGAGAAUGAACCGAAUCAUUAUUACAAUAACAACGAUGGUCAUGGAAUAUAUUCCUUUGGUUACGACGUAUCAGAUGUCGCAACUGGGAACACUCAGUACCGCUCAGAGCAGCGUUACUCCAAUGGCACGGUUACUGGCGGCUAUGGUUACGUAGACCCGAAUGGUGUACCACGGAGGUUUCGGUAUAUUGCCGAUAAACUUGGUUAUAGGGUAUUCCCAGACUUACAAAGGAAUCAACCCUACGUCUUACCUCAUUCUGGGACCGAAGCUACUGAGUCAUCCAUCACUUGGACAAGACCUCCAAAACCUUACAAGAACAAAGUUAUCAACAACUUUGUUGCACAACUUGGCACAAUAUUUGCUAAAAAUAGUCUCAUUUGA